ACUGCUAGGGGUGGUUUGGGGACCAGCUCUACCAAAAAGGACAUAAACUAAAAGGCAGAGGGCUCAGGGCAGAAAUUAAGUGGGAACCAUAGAUCCGAAGCCAGGGGCGGUGAGGUAGGAGGCCCAGAGCUUGGAAGAUUGUGAGGACAUGGUAACAGCACCCAGUGGAAGGAAAAAAAGGCAACCAGAGACCCCAGGAUGGACACUCAGACUCCAGAGCACACAGGUUCAAGGGACGGCGGUCAGGACAGACGCACAGGAGCAGCAGGGGAGCGCAUCCCUGGGGAGCGUGGCAUGUGGACCAGCUGGUGGUUCUGGCCCCUGGUGGCCGUCUGCACCGCAGACCAGUUCCGGGACACAGCGGCCUACACUCAGGAACCCCAUGUCAACCAGCCUUGUUCAUGGAGACUGUUUCAACUCCAAGCUCCCCCGACCUCCACAAUUUUGAAGCCAAGCCGGCAUCUGCCCUCCCUCUCCCCCAGUGAAAGGCUCCGGGAGGGCAGACCUGUCCACUUAGGGCUCAGCUCAGUGACCUGGCCUGGGGGUGCGGCCAGGCACAAUGACCUGCCCUGGCAGCUGCUGAAACUGUUCAACAAUCAGCUUCAGGACCCGAGGGCCAACCUGACCAGCCUGGCCCACACGCACACCAACAUCCCCAAGCUGAAGGCUGGCUUUGUGGGUGCCCAGUUCUGGUCUGCGUACACGCCCUGCGACACCCAGAACAAGGAUGCCGUGAAGAGGACGCUGGAGCAGAUCGACGUCAUCCACCGCAUGUGCCAGCUGUACCCCGAGACCUUCCUGUGUGUCACCGACAGCACAGGCAUCCGGCAGGCCUUCCAGGAGGGAAAGGUGGCCAGUCUGGUCGGCGUGGAGGGCGGCCACUCCAUCGACAGCAGCCUGGGCGUCCUGCGGGCGCUCUACCACCUGGGCAUGCGGUACCUGACCCUCACCCACUCCUGCAACACGCCCUGGGCCGACAACUGGCUGGUGGACACGGGAGAAGACAAGGCCCGCAGCCAAGGCCUGUCACUCUUUGGGCAGAGCGUCGUGAAGGAGAUGAACCGACUGGGCGUCAUCAUCGACUUGGCCCACACGUCCAUGGCCACCAUGAAGGCCGUGCUGCAGCUGUCCAAGGCCCCCGUGGUCUUCAGCCACUCCUCGGCCUACAGCGUGUGCCAGCACCGGCGCAACGUGCCUGACGACGUGCUCCAGCUGGUGAAGCGGACGGGCAGCCUAGUGAUGGUGAACUUCUACAAUGACUACGUUUCCUGCAGAGCGGAGGCCAACUUGUCCCAAGUGGCAGAUCACCUGGACCACAUCAAGAAGGUGGCAGGGGCCGGAGCCGUGGGCUUGGGUGGGGACUACGACGGUGUGUCCAGGCUCCCCUCGGGGCUUAAGGACGUGUCCAAGUAUCCAGACCUGGUGGCGGAGCUGCUGAGGAGACAGUGGACCGAGGCAGAGGUCAAGGGCGCCCUGGCCAACAACCUGCUGAGGGUCUUCGAGGCGGUGGAGCAGGCGAGCAGUCACACGCAGCCUCCUGGCGAGGAGCCCAUCCCCUUGGACCAACUGGAGACCUCCUGUAGGACCAGCUACGGCUACUCAGGGGCCCCCAGCCUCCACCUCCAGCCGGGGGCCCUGCUGGCCUCCCUCGCGCUCCUCGUCCUCUGCCUGUGUCCCCUCUGACGCCCUGGCGGCUGGAAUGGCAGCGACUCCCUGUGCGCUCAGACUGGCCUGUCCUGGGCAGGCACCUGCGCUCCCCUGGGCAGCGCAGAACACAGGCACAGCGGGACCCUCAAUAAAGUCGCCGAUCCUUCGA